CCUAAUUGUUGUGAUAAACUUAUUAAAUAGAACGAAAUGAGGUGGCAUUUCAUGAGUGCAAUUCUGAUCACCGCGUUGAUUCCUGGCUUCUUGUGUGGUGGUCAUGGAGCUAGCGUGGUGGAGUUUGAGAGUGCGGCCAAAGUGGACAUUGCUGCUGUAGACACUGCCCCCGUAGAUGAAAUCUCUGCCAAGGUCCGCAUUAGAGUGCCAGGCAAACCAUACAAAGGUCCAUCCCACAUGCAGUUCUUUGGGGAGUUCUGUCUGCGGGUGGUGUCUUCCUCCUCCUACUAUGUGUACACUGUGUGUCCCUUCCACAAUGUCACCCAGUUGGACACAAGAGUGGGAGACGCCGUAGAUGUUGUGCUGGGUACUUGGCACGGUUGGAUCAUAGAGAAUAAUACCUACAAGGGAUGGCAAUUCUACGCCGGAGACCCCUGUGAGGGACAGUCCAGAGAAGUCAAGGUGCUGUUCGAGUGUGGCCAUCAGAAUGUGUUGCGAUCUGUGGAAGAGGUGGAGAAAUGUCACUAUGUGUUCAACAUGCAAGGACCUACAUUCUGCAACACAGACGCACUACUAGUGUAUCCGUUCUUAAGUGAAGUGUUGCAGAACAAGUGGGAUCUGAUGGAGACUCAUUACUCCCGAGGACUCAUCAACAGACAGGUAUACGACGAAUUGCUUAAAAUGAUGUUUGCUCAAGAAGGUCUGACGUUGAGUCCCACGGAUAUUGAGAAGUAUUCAGAAUUCAUCGCCAAAGAAGAACCUAAAAAAUUCGAAUCACAAGAGAAGUGCGAAAGGGAAUUUCAUUUAUUGAAAAAGGAGAACGAUAUCUUGAAAUCCAUGACCUCUAAAGAAGCCUUAGAGGAGCUGGAGACUGAGAUGGUGGCGUUGAGGGCGAAACAGGAGAGUGAGGAGAACCGAGAUGGACACCAAGAAGAAGGCUACUAUGGAGACCACGGGGUAGACUACGACGCAAGAGUGCAUUUGAGAGAUUUGUAGUUCACAUGACAGGCAUGCUGUCAGACGCAUUUCCAACUAGUUUCAAAGUCAGACAAAACUAAUUGUAGUUGGACGGAGGAGACGCAAUUGUUUUUUUUCUGAUGAUCAAUCAACUCAAAACUGGCGCUUUUUUGUUGUUUUUUGGGUUAUGUUCGUGGAAACUUAUUCUGAUCUAAAGCUGCCAUUGUUAUGUGGAUUUAACAUUGCAAGGGCCGAUUUUUUUGGUGUUAAUGAGUUUUAUUUUUGAAACAAACGAACUUCGAACUGAUGUUUACUCUGAAUAAAGUUUAAAGUUGGUCAAAAUAGGCACAUGGAGGUAAUAAGAUGGCAUAUCUAAAUUGGUUUUAUUGUGUAUACAAGUAUAUACAUUUGUAUAGUUUAUUUCUUACAUACUUUAGUGAUAGUUGUUAUUUUGUGAUUGACACAUCUGUAUAAUUCUAUAAAUAUUGCAAAUGUUUGAAGUUUAA